AUGCCUCCCAAGAAUUCGGAGGAGAGCAUUCUUCAACAACAGAUUGAUUUCUCCGAUGUGCAGAUCACAUUUCUCGGGCUUUAUCGCUAUGCGACCACUAUUGACAUUGUGCUUCUUUCCAUUUAUGCCAUUGCGGCGAUUCUCGCUGGUGCUUGUCAACCUAUACCGACUUUAGUAUUCAGUCGCAUUGCAUAUAUUUUUGUCCAAACCGAAAACCAAGCAGCUGGAGGCCAUGAAAACUCUUCUGGCGCCAUCGACCAUUACACCCUGUACUUCCUCUACAUCGCAAUCGGGUCGUUCAUCACACAGUAUGUAUCCACGGCCGGAUUCAUCUACAUUGGCGCGAAGAUGACGCGGCGCAUAAAGGUGCACUGCAUGGAGUCGAUCCUGAGGCAAAAUGUUGCGCUCUUUGACGACCGAGGCUCCGGCCAGAUAGCCAGCCAGCUCACGUCGGAUGCCAACUUGAUCCAGGAAGGUCUGUCACAAAAGCUUGCUCUUACUCUCAGCGCCGUUGGGACCCUUGGUGCGACUUUUGUCAUCGCCUUUGCUGUCCAGUGGAAGAUUACCUUUAUGCUGAUCUGGUGCAUUGUCGUUGGCGUGAUUCUCCUGCUCGGAGGCAAUAAGAUCGCAGUCCGCUAUAGCGGGAAAGCAAUGGAAGCAUACUCUGCGGGUGGCUCUCUGGCUGAGGAGGCUCUUGGCGCCAUCCAAUACACAACAGCCCUUGGGAUGCAAAGAGACGUCCUGGACCGUUAUAGAGCGCAUCUAAAUGCGGCGGAGAAACAUGGAUUCCGCUUAAAGAGCUUCAUGGGGGCCAUGAUCGGGUUUGCCGUCGGAACUGGGUAUCUCAAUGUCGCCCUAGCCUUUUGGCAAGGCUCUCGCUACUUAUCAUUCGGGAACGCGAGUUUCACCGCAGUGGUCACCAUCGCACUGGCUAUCACGUCAGCGGCUUUCUCCGUCCUCGGAGUGGGAGCCAACGCAGGGGCCUUCGUAUCAGCUAUUGCUGCAGGAGGGCGAGUCUUCAGCCUGAUAAAUCGCAAUUCUCCCAUUGACUCAUCGUCGACCGACGGCCUGGUCAUUAGCGAUGAAAUAGUUGGCCAGAUCGAAUUCUGUGAUGUAAAGCAUAUUUAUCCUUCUCGCCCCACCGUCGUGGUCGCGGACCAUCUGAGCCUGACGUUUCGACCUGGGCAGAUUACCGCCAUUGUUGGCUUCUCGGGGGCUGGGAAAAGUACCGUUGGUCAUCUUCUCGAGCGCUUCUACGAUCCUGUGGCCGGUCGGAUACUACUCGACAACCUUGACAUCCGCGAUAUUAAUCUCAAGUCCCUUCGUAGACAGAUUCGUCUGGUUAGUCAAGAGCCUACUCUUUUCAACACUUCGGUGAUGGAUAAUAUCGCACACGGGCUUAUCGGCACUAAGUACGAGAGUCAGACGGAAGAGGAGAAGCAAAGAAUGGUCGAGACGGCGGCAAAGGUGGCCUGUGCCCACGACUUUAUAAUGCAGCUGCCAGAUGGAUACCGGACUUGUGUCGGUGCUCGAGGAUCGCAGCUAUCUGGAGGUCAGAAGCAGAGGGUUGCCAUUGCCCGGGCAAUUAUUGGACGACCGAAGAUUCUCAUCCUCGACGAGGCAACCUCUGCAUUGGACACUACAACGGAGCUUCAGGUACAAAGAGAACUGAAAGUAAUGAGAAGCACUUGCACUACUAUUGUUAUUGCACACAGACUGUCAACCAUCCAAGACGCGGAUAACAUCAUGGUACUAGACAGCGGUACACUGGUCGAGCAGGGUAAACACCAAGAGCUCAUACAACUUCAGGGUGAUUAUUUCCGCCUGGUAGAGGCCCAAGCUCAAGAGAAUAGCUCGGAACAUGCAUUAGGUGAUAAGAUCAUGGUUGAUAGUACAGAAACAGUGUCUAUCGGUAAAGAAAUGGAUACCUAUGCUGCCUCAAUGGAUGAGAUUCCAGGUAGCCCCUUGACGGCACAGGGACAUGGCCAGGUCAAGAAACCGAACAGUCACUCAUCUUUAGCUCUGGCCAGCUUUGUUGUGUCUCUGAAUUCAAGGGAGCUCCAUAUCAUCUUACUCGGCCUGGUGGCUUCCAUCAUUGCUGGGUUCGAAGAGCCGAUUUCCGCCAUCUUGUUUGGAAAGGCCAUUACAGCCAUCUCACUACCGCUCAGUGAAGGUAGCCUCAUCCGCAGUCGGGCGGGUUUCUGGUCUCUCAUGUUUAUGGUUCUUGCUCUGGCGGAGCUUUUGGUUUUCGUUGUUCAGGGAGUCGCAUUUGCCUACUGCUCCGAACGGCUUGUGUGCCAGGCUCGCUAUCAAAGUCUGGAAGCAAUUAUCCGGCAAGAAAUCUCCUUCUUUGACAAGGACGAAAACAGUACCGGGGCAUUGACAUCCCUUCUCUCUGUGGAGUCGACGAAUCUGGAGGGUAUCAGUGGGACGACAUUAGGAACUAUCCUGAUUGCUGUUUCUACUCUGGUAAGCGCGUUUGUAGUGGGGUGUAUCUUUGGGUGGAAACUAGCGCUUGUCUGCUCCUCUGUCAUACCUGUGCUUAUUGGAUGCGGUUUCUAUGGUGUGUGGCUCGUUGGGAAGUUGCAAGAGCAAACUGAUAGAGUCAAUAAAAACUCUGCUGCCUACGCGACUGAGGCGGUGACGUCUGUUCAAACUGUCUUUGCGUUGACGAGAGAGCAGGAUGUGCUACAGAACUUUAAACGUACCCUUGAGGUCUCCAGCCAUGCUAGUCUCAGAACUAAUUUGAGAACCUCGGCACUCUAUGCCCUGUCACAGUCCCUUCUCUACGCCUGUUCCGGACUCGGAUUCUGGUAUGGUGGCCGGCUAAUCGUGUGGCGUGAAUACUCAACCUUCCAGUUUGUCACUGUUUUUUCCUCCAUCGUCAUGGGUGCAUUUUCCGCAGGCCUCGUCUUCUCCUUUGCCCCGGAUAUCGGCAAGGCUAAGAAGUCUGCGCAAGAUUUCAAGACCCUUUUCGAUCGAAAAUCGAAAAUCGACCCACUAGAUCCCAGAGGGCAUAGCCUCAGACAGGUCCAAGGCAGGAUUGAGUUCCGAAAUGUUUCUUUUCAGUAUCCUUCCCGAUCAGGUCUUGUUCUGGAUGGCAUCUCAUUGACGAUUGAACCUGGGCAACAUGUUGCGCUUGUUGGGGAAACAGGAAGUGGCAAAAGCACGAUGAUUGCUCUUCUGGAAAGAUUCUACGAUCCAACGGAAGGGGAAAUCCUGAUUGACGGUCAGCCGAUAACCUCGUUGAAUGUGAAAGGGUAUCGACAGAAUCUGGGUCUGGUUAUUCAAGAACCCAACUUGUAUGAUGGCACGAUCAGGGAGAAUUUGCUGUUUGGACUUGAUGUCGAAGCCACUUCGGAGGAGAUGAUCAUAUCUGCUUGCAAAAGCGCAAAUAUCUAUGACUUUAUCCUAUCCCUACCGGAUGGAUUCUCUACUACAGUAGGGAAUCGUGGGAGCCAACUGAGCGGUGGUCAAAAGCAGAGGCUGGCGCUGGCUCGUGCCCUGUUGCAGCAGCCCGCUAUUCUGUUACUGGACGAGGCCACAUCUGCUGUAGACGCGAAGUCUGAGAAGCUAAUUCAAGCAGCGUUGGACAGUGCAGUGGAAGGCCGUACCACUCUUACCAUUGCUCAUCGCCUGAGUACGGUGAGAAAUGCAGACGUCAUCUAUGUGCUGGACCGCGGCCGCAUCACCGAGUCGGGUUCCCAUGAGGACCUCGUUGCGCGGCGAGGGAAAUACUACAACCUAUACAAUAGGGGUCAGCAAUAAUAAAGGCAUUUAUCAGUAGUCGAACCCAUUAAGCCCGGGUUUGAUUUUAAACUUACCUCCAUGGGAAUAUAACCGCCGAGCUUGAUCUCACUCUCAGGAUAUUGUCGAAUUAAGCUCUCAGAUAUGGCGCGGGUCACGCCAGUACGCAGCUAAAAGGCCGUCUCCCUGGUAAAUUUACUCCACUUGAAGCUUAAUUGAGAGUAAGUGCAGUUCAAUAUUCAGCGCUUCGGCCGCUGUUGUGCGGGAGGCGCCAUUAAUCAGGCAUACGCGUUUUUGAAUUGAGGCAAAGCCUCGCGUAGUCUCAUUAAUUGGGGCUUAACAAGCGCCUUCGGUUGGAAUCAGGCGGCCACACCAGAGAGCAUUUGAGGGAUUACAAUUACUCGGCAAAUUCAUCAUAUAGCUAAUAGGAC